GUUAGGAUGCCUAAAGCAGAUAUAAACAAAGCUGGAUGGGAGACGAGUGAUUUCCCAAUCCUAUGUGAAACAUGCCUGGGUGAGAACGCCUACAUCCGGAUGUCCAAGCAAGAGUUCGGGAAAGAAUGCGGUUCUUGCGCCAGACCGUUCACCGUCUUCCGCUGGAACCCUGGUCAGGGAGCGAGGUUCAAGAGCACAGUCGUGUGCCAGACAUGUGCGAAGGUGAAGAACGUCUGCCAGUGCUGUUUGCUCGACUUGGAGUAUGGCCUCCCUGCCCAGGUUAGGGACACUGCUCUUGGGGUCAGGGCGGACGCGCCCCAGAGCGAGAUAAACCGGGAGUAUUAUGCGCAGAAUAUGGAGGCUAAGAUGGACAGCAACGGCAUGCUUAGCGGGACGGGAAGCGCUUCCACUGCAGGGAAGGAGAUGCUCAAGAAGCUCGCAAGACAGACACCGUACUACAAGCGAAACGCACCGAACAUCUGCUCCUUCUUCGUGAAAGGCCAGUGUAACCGCGGUGCGGACUGUCCAUAUCGGCACGAGAUACCCCAGAAAACAGAACUCUCGAACCAAAAGCUCCAGGAUAGGUACCACGGGACAAACGACCCCGUAGCACACAAGAUCCUCAUCCAGCACGCUGCCGACGCCGGGCUCGCACCGCCCGAAGACCAGUCCAUAACCGCGUUCAUGCUCGCCGCCCUCCCCCAAACUUCGCAGGAAGCGAUCACCUUUGCUCUUCGGCAGGCCGUCCCGAAACUGAAAGAAGAAGACCUGAGAGGGGUCGUCUAUGUGGAGAAGUCAAACUGCGCGUUUAUCAAUUUCCGCACCCGGGCAGCGGCGGAGGAGAACGCGAAGGCACUGGCGAAGGGGCUGGAGAUUGGGGGAAGGACAAUCGGGCUUCGGUGGGCGAGACCGCGCCAGAAAAAGCCGGCAGCGGGGACUGCGACCGCAACACCGGCACUGGAGGCGGCUGAGGCAUAGACGUGUAUUGUAUCAUUAGUCGGACAUCU